AUGGCGGAGGAGAAGAAAGCAAUCGGUCCUUUAACUAAACGGGUUUUUAUCAACCUGGUCGAUUCCUAUUCUUCCGAAUGCAUUGGGAAGUUUCUGUCUACUCGCGUUGUUGGAGCGUCACUGGAUGAGGCCGAGGGUGAAGGCGAAGAGGAGGAGGACGAAGGCACUUUUCAGAUAGUUGGAACCAUUGCCACCAGAACGGAAAAGCAGAGAUCAAGUUUUUCAUUCGAAGAGUAUUACGCACUUAACCGAGAGGAGCUCCUGCAGCGUCUCAUGGAAUGUGACGUUAUCGUUUACAAUAUAAGUGAAAAUGCGGAGCAGUUAGAUGAGGCGUCCUGGGCAAUUUCAGCUCUGCAUUCUGAAAUGAGUCAUUUUGCCGGUCCGAAGAUAUUUAUCUUGAUAUCAACUGUGAUGACCUGGGCGUUGACCAAGCCAGUUGACCCAGAUGAUCUUGAGAUUCCCUUCACAGAGGAUGACUACAGGAGGAGACGACCCCACCCAAACUUUAAAGAACACAUCAGCGUAGAGAAACUCGUUCUUAAAAUGGGCAAAACUAAAAAGUCCAAGCUGUCUACCUAUGUUGUGGCUGCUGGUAUUCAGUAUGGAAUGGGCGAGAACAUAUUUCACUACUUUUUCAAGGCGUCCUGGCUGGGAGAAGUUUCCAGAAUUCCUAUCUUUGGAUCGGGCAACAACGUCAUUCCUACAAUACAUGUUAAUGAUCUAGCAGGGGUGAUUCAAAAUAUCAUUGACCACAAGCCAAAGACCCACUAUUUAUUGGCUGUGGAUGACUCAAAGAACACCUCUGAAGACAUUGUGAAGAUGAUCAGCAGUGCACUCGGUCCGGGGAAAACCGAAAAAGUUUCAAAAGAAGAGGCCUUCCUCACAAAAGAUUUGACCCAAGCAGACAUUGACGCCCUGUCUUUGCACCUGCGUGCGGAAGCUGUUUUUCUGAAGAACAGCUUUAAUCUCCACUGGGCAUGCGAGUCGGGGAUGGUUGUAAACAUUGACCGUGUAGUGGAAGAAUACAGGCAAAUCAGACAACUGCUGCCAAUCCGAAUCUGCAUCCUGGGCCCUCCUGCUGUGGGAAAAACCACGGUGGCGGAGAAGAUCUGCAAACAUUACAAACUGCAUCAUGUCACAGUCAAGGAGGCCAUCGCUGAGAGGAUCACGCAGCUGGAAGAAAUAGCUGGGAUGGAUAGUGAGGAAAGCGAGGCCUACGACACCUCAGGGGCUCGGGAACUUCUGGAGUCUCUGAAGGAGAACAUGAGUCAGAACGGAGGCCGGUUGGACGACAGGUUUGUUUUUCAGAUCAUGAGAGACAAACUGAAUUCAAAGCCUUGUAGGAAUCAAGGCUUUGUUUUGGAUGGUUUUCCUAAGACAUAUGAACAGGCCAAAGAGCUGUUCUAUGGAGAAGAGGAAGAACCAGAGGAACCCAGACCCAAAAUUCCUCUGUUUGACCCAAAAAUCAUCCCAGAGUAUGUGUUCGCUCUGGAUGCCACUGAUGAGUUCCUGAAAGAUCGCGUGCAGAACCUUCCAGAGAGUGUGGUGGAGGGCACGAACUACACCCAGGACCGCUUCCUCCUCCACCUGGCCGACUUCAGAGACCGAAAUGCCCAGGACGAAACUGUGCUCGACUACUUUGAUGAGCUGGAGAUUCACCCAGAGCACAUUGAUGUCACUGCUGGCAAAGACAUUGAAUACAUGAAUGUGACAGAGAGAAUCAUCAGAGCUGUGGGGAAAGCCAAAAACUAUGGCCCCUCUGCUGAGGAACGUGAGGAGGAGGAACGGAGGAAUGCUGAGGAGAGGAUGAAGCUGCUGGCGGCAGAGAGGGAGGAGAAGAAGAGGAAGGAGGCCGAAGAGGCAGCCAAUCGGGCGGCACAGCUGGAGAAGUGGAGCAAAAAUCUGAGAGAGGUGAAGAGCCAGGAGCAUGAGAUGCUGGAGGUUCAGUCUAUUCCCCUGAGGAAUUAUCUGAUGAAGAACGUAAUGCCGGCCCUCACAGAGGCACUGGUCGAGUGCUGUAAAGUCAAACCAGAUGAUCCAGUGGACUUUCUGGCAGAAUACCUCUUCAGAAAUUGUGCCCAUGAAGACUGA